AUGUUAGUGAUGACGCCUCCAGAGCGCAAGACUCUGCGGGCCGCUCCGAUGCGAGACCGACUCCAUGUAGGGUUAGACGCUGCACGCCUGGUGUCGCUGCUGUGGCGCGACUCGCGCGUCAACGUCGAGCUCCUGCGACAGCUGGGCUAUCGCAUUAUGCCCGAGUUCCUGGCGCGCAGCGUAUGGCGUCCUGGCGUCGUCUUCGAGGGCGUCGGCGAGGUGGCCCGCUUGGACGAGCCGGACGUCUUCGUCAGAGACGACGACUUCUUGCUUUCUCGCCAGAGAGCCGUAUUCCAGGUCCUAUGCUUGGGCCAGCGGGACAACUUCAUCCUAGGCGUCACCGUGUGCAGCCUAGUGGUCAAGCUGCUUCACGAUGCUGACGGCGCACCGAACCUCGUCUGGAUCGGCAACGACACGGUGAGCCCACUGCACGGACAGUAUGACAGUGUCACCGUGCACGGGGAUGUGCGUCCGCUCGUCUACACGCUCGUCAAGGUCGAGCCUGUCCAACGCGACGACACGUCAACCGUCGGCAGCACCCCCACCGUUGCGGCCGACUUCCACUUCUCAAAGGUGACGUGGUCGUUCCUGCUGUCCACCUACGUGCCAUCCACCAUGGUGGUGAUCGUCUCCUGGAUCGCCUUCUGGGUGGACGCCGGCGCGGCCGCCUCCCGGGUCACUCUGGGCGUCGCCUGCCUGCUUAUGCUGGUAGCUCAGGUCGGCCACAAUCGCAUCGCCAGCCCGCACGACACCCAGCUGCAGCCGGGCGACGUCUGGUUUUUUGUCAGUGCCGUCGCCGUCUUCUGCAGCCUCCUGGAGUUUGUCCUGGCCCACGGCGCCCACCGCGACCAGGCCAGGGCGCAGGGUGUGGGCGCCGUCGGAGCCGCGUCUGCCGUAGCCGAGCCCCGCUACCGCGUCUACCGCAGGCCGCCCACCAUGAACACGCUGACGAUUGUGUGCGACACUGCUAGCCAGACGGACCGUUCGUACCGUGCCUACCAGGCCAACGAGCUGGACGUACUCGCCAGGGUCAUCUUCCCCAUUGCGUUCAUUCUCGUGGCGUCCCUAUAUUUUUUGUGGUACGCGGCGUCGUACUAG